CCAGGGAGCCAGCCCUGCCCUCCUCCCCAGAAUGCUCCCAUUACCUGAACAUUUCCUUCAUGGAAUUUAGGACAGUGUGAAGUUGACAUGUUGCUUUGCUCACAGGUUUCUUGUAUGAGCACCAGAGGGAAGAGACCAGUGUCUGUCCUCUUCCCUAGUGUCUGAAUGAGUGAAAUGGGGUAUGUGUGACUGAGUAAACAUGAAAUCGAAUAAAUGUGAGACCCUCUCUGAGAGACCUGGGUUUCCCCACCUUGCCUUCACCCUCACCAGAAUGCCUUCCUCCACCUACCCCCACUGCCCUAAGCUGUUAUGUCUUGCCCAGAAACUGGGAGGAGUACUCCCUACCAUACAGCUCACCCCACUUCUGUCCCAGCCACCCACGCAGCACCUUGCAGCCCCGCCCUGCACAGCCCCUCCCAGGUGUCUGUGGUGGAGCAGCCAGCUCCCACAGCACCCAGACUCAGUGUUGUGCUAUGGGGGGUCUGAGGCCCUGGGCCCGAUACCUGCUUCUGGUUGUGGCCCACCUGCUGGCCAUGGGGCUUGGGGCUAUGGUGUUCCAGGCUCUGGAGGGCCCUCUAGCACUCCAGCUUCAGGUCCAGCUCAAGGCUGAGCUGGCUACCUUCCAGGCAGAGUAUGGAGCCUGCCUGCCACCUGGAGCACUGGAGAAGCUGCUGGGCGCGGCCCUGAAAGCACAGGCCCAUGGAGUCUCCAGCCUGGGGAACGACUCAGAGGCCAGCAACUGGGAUCUUCCCUCAGCCCUGCUCUUCACUGCCAGCAUCCUCACCACCACGGGCUAUGGCCACAUGGCCCCACUAUCGGCAGGUGGGAAGGUUUUCUGUGUGGUCUACGCAGCCCUGGGGCUGCCAGCCUCCCUAGUACUUGUGGCAGCCCUGCGACAUUACCUGCUCCCUGUACUCAGCUGUCCAAGUGCCCGGGUAAUAGCCCGCUGGCAGCUGACACCAGCCGGGGCUGCACUGCUGCAGGCUGCAGGACUGGGUCUGCUGGUGGCCAGCGUCUUCAUGCUGCUGCCAGCACUGGUGCUGUGGGGUCUACAGGGUGACUGCAGCCUGCUGGAGGCCAUCUACUUCUGUUUUGGCUCACUCAGCACCAUCGGCCUGGGGGACUUGCUGCCCGGGUGGGACCGCAACCUGCAUCCCGUGAUUUACCACCUUGGCCAGCUCUCACUUCUUGGUUACUUGCUUCUAGGACUCCUGGCCAUGCUGCUGGCCGUGGAGACCUUCUCUGAGCUGCCACAAAUCCGUGCCAUGGUGAAGUUCUUUGGAUCCAGUGGCCCUAUGACAGCAGAGGACCAAAGUGGCAUCCUAAGCCAGGAUGAGCUGGAUCUGAGCACCCUACCUCCUGCUGUCCCCACCUCAGAACAGGAUGAAGCUUGCUGAUAGGAGUCAGGAGACGGACUUCAGCUCCUUUAAGAUGAAGGAGGCUGAGGCCAUCAGAAGUGCCCGAGGAAGAACAUGGAGAUGGGAGGGUGUGUG